GGAUUAAUGGUUGCGCCAGACCUUUGAUUCUGCACUCUCUUUUCUCUGCCCUUGACAAAUUGGAUUUUGGGGAUGGGAAGGUCGCUGGGGCCUAUUGUCUCUUGACCAUUUGGAGCGGUUCAUUAUGCGUGAGGGUGAGGGAAAGUCUCCAUGUGACCAUUUCGGAGGGUUCUACAGCUGCUAAAAGAGCGCAACUCUCUCAUAGCGCGCUGCUCGCCCUUGCGCAUUAAUGUGCCGAGGGGUACCUGACCUGGACAUAAGAAAAGCCGGAUCACACACGCCACCGCGUCACUUUAUGGGCGGAUAUUAGUCUGUCCUCAUCUCAGACUCUCUCAUCUUAAUCAGUGCCUGCUUGGUCUUCCUGUUUCGGUUAGCGCAGCCCCACACAGAGUCAGCCAUGCAAGCGACUCGGACACCCACUAUCAGUGUGUUCGCCGACUGCAGCAUCCCAGCCGGGCUUCGGAUAGGACCGGUCCCGGGUAUCUUCAAACUGGGGAAGUAUGUCUCGGACCGCAAGGAACUUGGAGUGAAAAAGAAGAUUCGUUUGGUGAGGGGAGAAUUCGUGGAUGAGUCUGGCAGUGCAGUUCCAGAUUGGAUCGGUUUAAUACGCGCAGCCAGGAACAGUCAAGAACAGAACCUCGAGGCAGUCUCGGAUUUACCUGGAGGACAGAUAUUCUACCGUGUUCUGAGAGAAAUACAGGCUGGAGAAGAACUGAGUGUUUGGUAUUCCAGUGCACUGGCGCAAUGGUUUGACAUUCCUACGACUGCAACUCCAACACAUGACGAAAAAGGUGAGGAGCGCUAUAUUUGCUGGUACUGCUGGAGAAUAUUCAAAUACCCGAACACCCUGAAAGCCCAUGUGCAUUUCCACUGUGCGUUAAGCAACAGCAGAAGUUUGGUAAACAACGAGCAAGCUAGAGGCACAGACAGCUUUAACAGAUCUCCGAAAUCAGGGGACAUCCCAAAUACGUCCUCCUCUCCACGGAACAGCCAAAACACCUUUAUGCCAGACGCCGUGAAACGGGUCGCGUCCACCUCACCGUUCGCCAAUAAAGCGGGACUAUCGAAAAAACUGAGCGCAGAGGAUCAGGACAGAGCCCUUGACAUGAGCGUGACCUCCUCCAGAAACCCCGGACACAUCCUGGGCCUCGGCGGGACCUCUUCUGUGCUCCACAGCAUGGGUUUCCAUCCAGGCGUGCGCUCUGCUUUCAAACCAAUGGGACUUUCGAAGAUCUCCCGGGCCGAGGUCGCGAGAGACGAGCCUAAUGGGAAACCAAACAGUGUCGGGUUUAGCAAACUACUGGGGAACAACGUUCUACCUAACGUUCACCCGUCAAAAUGCUCGCACCCCAUGGACAGCACACCUCCCGCGAUCCCUUGCGCAAACAGCAUCCGUGGCUUUCCUCUUCUGCCACAUUUUGAGGAAAACUCCGCUUUCAAGCACGUUGACAGCCGCAUGCACUCUGCCCUGUCCCCCCCGCGUUACUCCCAGCUACCGGCCGGGUUUCACUUCGAGAGGUUCUCCUUGCCACAGUUUGAUGGGGGGAAAUCCUACAAUGGGGACUGCAAUAUACCCCUAAUGCCAUUCACGGUUUACAAUGGGGAGAUCCUUUAUAGCUCCCCAUACUACCCUCUUAAAUUUCACUUUGGCAACCUGCUUAAAUACCCAGACUACUUUGGCGCACCAGCUCUGAAUCCAGAUCUAAACGCGAUUACGAACAUCGACAGGGAGAUAGCGAUGCACACGCAACAGCUGUCUGAAAUCGCCGUAGAGAAGAACCGUUCACGACUGGAGUCUCUGCCCGCAUCUAACCCCAACUCGGGCAAGCCAAAAAAGGGACAUUUGUGUCUUUACUGUGGCAAAUUGUACUCUCGAAAAUACGGGCUGAAGAUUCACAUGAGGACUCAUACAGGCUACAAACCACUCAAAUGUAAAGUGUGUUUUAGGCCCUUUGGCGAUCCCAGCAAUCUCAACAAACACAUCAGACUGCACGCGGAGGGAAAUACGCCCUACAGGUGCGAGUUUUGCGGGAAGGUGCUCGUGCGCAGGCGAGAUUUGGAGAGGCACGUCAAAUCGAGGCAUCCAGGCCAAAGCAUCAAAAAAUCCGAUGACAAAAUCGAAGGCAUGUUCGAGGAUGGCGAACAAAAAAGCGACAACGACAGCGACGUCGACGUUUGCUUCACAGAUGACCAGAGCGACCAGGAAUCGAGUAAACACAAUGAUUAAUGGACUAAUUUCUGGACACGUUGAAAUGGACUUUGCUCUUAAGUAGCUAAAUUAUGCAUGUACAUAAAUUAGUUAUGAAUUUGUUUGUUUAUUUUAUAAAAUCAGAAAACCUUGUGGAAGCAAAUGUUCCUCUAUAAUAAUUUUGUGAAGGAGUCACUCAUCAAGUUAAUCUAAUAACAUGCUUAUUGGUAUUGAGGACAUCUCGGCACCCCCAAUGGAGCAGCACUUUAUAAAGACGGGUUAAUGCCAUAAAACGAGUUUGCGUUAUUUUGUUGUUAAAAUGAUCUGACCGUUUAAAUCAGAAUAGCACUUUUAUUACCAAAAGCAUUUAAUACAUUCUGUAAAAAAAAAAAAAAAAAAAAAAAAAAAAAGAUCUUUGCAUAACAACCGGCACCUACCAAUACAAAUAAAAGUGAUGUUUAAAAGAAAUACUGGCAUGUCUAUUUAGUCGUAAAGCAUUUGUAUAAAAAAACAAUAAAUAAAAGAAAAUAAAAAAUAAAAAGUGAAUAUCAUGACGUUCCUUAUUGUUGAGUGAUAAGAGUUGUAUCGUUUAUUAUUAAGAUAAUGUUACUUGAUUUUAUAUAUUUUCCCCCAAACAAACGAAAACAUUUUCACUGUCUGUUUUGAAUAAAAUGGGGACAAUAUUGAAAAGGGUUUGAUCAAGGGUUUGAGGGUUUCAUAUAUUUUUUUUAACUGGAGGAUAUCUACGGCUGAGCAUUUUUCUGUGGCUUCAAGCUCCCUGAAAAUAACUUACGGUAUGGCAGGAAUUAAUAAUUGCUGACCAAAACACCCCAUAAUUCUUUGAAGAUGUGCUUCAUUAUAUUUUAAGAUUAAAUAUAAAUUAAAAGGUGGAAGGCAUAAAAUGGUCAAGGUUAGACUGAUGCGCACUUGACGCGAAACAUAACCGUCUGCCUUUAAUAUUUUUAUCAAUAGAGAAGACAUCCAGAAAAGGAUUCCUGGAUUUACUUACAGUUAAUUGUUCUCUUUCUCAGACAGCAGUUUAGAUUAUUAAAAUUACCUAUAGCGGUUAAUGCUUUUCAGCAACUCAAUUUAAUCUACAGUUCUUACAGUGUAAAAAUCGGAUAGAGCUCUUUAUCUUUUUAUGAUCUAACUUUUAAAAAUUAUUUAAUUAUUAAUGAGAUAUUACUUAACGUCAUAAAAAAAUAUUUGGUAUGAAUAAAACCUGUUAACUACAUUCUUCAUCUAUCCGCUUCCUAGGCCUUCUACUUAAAUUAAUUCUCUUUGUCUCCCUUUAACACAUUAAAUAUUACAAUAUAUAUAUAUACACUGCAAAUCAACAAUUACACCUUGACUGAAUAAAAUUAGGUCUUCCAAAUAAGGAACACAUCCAAACAGUCAGACUUAAGUUAUAGAAAUUUACCAUUAAUAUUGGGGGAUGUGGAUUUUGUGCACAGCUGUAAUAGAAGUCUCUCUCCACACAAAAUCCUUUGCUUUAUUUCUUUCUCUGUCCUUUCCCACAUUGCUGUGUCCUUGAUAUGGUGCAUUCUUCUUCUCCUCUGUGGCAACGCCUGGGCGUUCCUCACACAGUGGCACAAACAUGUAUGACUUUCUGUUUCAUAGCCUGGGCUCUUACUAGUCAUUGCCUCUGUGUCUUCAAAGAACUGACAACACAAGAACAACAGCCUGUAAGUUAUGGCAUCAGCAUCCGACCAUGACUGAUUUCAUUUGCUAUUGUGGAUGAAAUAAAAGAGGAUAGGGCUUGUGUAGUUCUUACUUCUGGAUAAAUGAAAGUCUGUUUAAUUACAGAUUUAUGAAUUUAUACAAUUGUCUUUUUCCCCUCUUUAUUUCUUUACUUGUUCACUGUUCAUUCACUGCUAAUAUGAAAGAUCUUGGAUCAGGGCCAGAGAUAACCUGCUCAUCCCCUCCCCUGGUGCCCCCCACCCCCACCAGCGCUCAAAUCCAUUAGUGCCGUUGAUUAGUACUGACACCAGAAAAAGGGAUUGAUAAAGAGUCUGUUGACUUUUCACACAGUCUGAGAAUCAGAGAAGUUUGGGAGUGCUUUCCCACAUAUAUUAGACACUUAUUAAGACCAACGUUACAUCUGGGAAUAAAAAUAGAGGAUAGAAGUAAU